AUGAGUGGUACGAUUUCAUCAUCAUCCUCGAUGAUGCACCGAUCUCCUUCUCUCGUUCGAGGAAGUAAAAACAACAGUGGUACUAACAGUAAUACGAAUAAUCGAUUAUUGUUUCUUUCGAGGCGGAAUAACGAACUCUCCGCCUCUCGUCGUCGUCUUCGCGCGAACGCGGACAGUGCCUCGUCGUCCUCCUCUGAAGGCAGUGGCGUCGCUUUCGAACGGUUGGUCGAACCUCUGAUUAAAACGAAGAAAGAGGACGAUAAGUUAAACGAAGGCAUCGCGGCUUUCUACGAUCAGAGCACGCCGUUAUGGGAGGAAAUUUGGGGCGACCAUUUGCACCACGGGUAUUACCCGAACGGCUCCGCGGACGGCGUCGAUCACCGAGCCGCGCAAGUGGACAUGAUCGACAGAGCGUUAGAUUGGGCGUCAAUUUCGAAUAAGAAGAAUGUCUUAGACGUCGGGUGUGGGCUCGGUGGAAGCUCGAGAUAUUUCGCCCGAAAGUGGGGGAAGGACGUGAAGGCGACCGGCGUCACGUUGUCGCCGGUGCAAGUCGCUCGAGGUAAUCGUCUCGGAGAGGAGCAAGGUUUGGAUCAACAAGUCAACUUACAAGUCGCGGAUGCGUUAAAAAUGCCCUUCGAGGAUGGAAAAUUCGAUUUUGUGUAUUCGAUGGAAUCAGGAGAACAUAUGCCGGACAAGAAAAAGUUUGUGGGCGAGUUAGCGCGCGUGUGCGCCCCCAACGGGCGAAUUCUAAUCGUCACUUGGUGCCACCGAAACUUGAAAGAAAACGAAACUGAAUUAAAAGAAGACGAGCAGAAACUUUUGAAACGAAUUUGCGACGCUUAUUACUUACCCGCGUGGUGUUCGAGCGACGAUUACGUGAAGCUCAUGAAAGCGGAAGGAUUGAAAGAUAUCAAAACUGAAGAUUGGAGUUUAGAGGUGCGACCGUUUUGGCGAGCGGUGAUUAAAACGGCGUUGACUUGGAGAGGGGUAUUAGGUUUGUUUAAAUCUGGGCCGGAAACGUUGCGAGGCGCUCUGGUCAUGCCGCUCAUGACGAAAGGAUUGAAAGACGGCACCAUCGCGUUCAACUUAUUGACGUGCGUGAAAGAAUAA